AAUAAACCCAUCAAAACAUUUCCGUGACAGAGAUUUGACUUGAACUUUCGAUCUCAGCUGACAUCAUCAUUUUCCGGUAAAAUGAUUACUUGAUCUACCAUGUGGUCAUCCAAAAAGAAGGAGUCCGUUAAAAAUGCCCAGGAGGGGCCUUCCACUAAGGAGGAAAUCCUCAGUACUCUGGAGAAUUUUGGGGACACAGCGAGGUCGGAAAAAGAAAACAACAAUCACAAACAGCACGACAGACAACAAAGUGACAGCAGUCUGGACGACUGGGAAAAACCGGAUCCACCCAGUGCUAGCUUCUCCAACUCUUACAGUGCAGAAUGGGAGAAGUUAUUCAAGAGGAAGAAUUACCGCAGACAACUGAGAAGUUAUGCUAUGAGUGGUAACCUGCGCAGCAGUCGAUUUCGCAGCGUGUGUUGGAAGAUGUUUCUGGAUGUGCUGCCAGAGGACAUCCAACAAUGGAAAAACAGCUGCAGGAAGUCAAGAGGCAAUUACACUGAUCUCAAGGACACGCUGAUCAUAAAUCCCAGGAAAGCAAUGGAUCCUAGUACCUCAGAUUUAGUUGUUAACAAUCCUCUGUCACAGGCUGAAGAGAGUCCCUGGAAUCAGUUUUUCCUGGACAAUGAACUCCGUCUGACAAUCAAACAGGAUGUCAUCAGAACUUUCCCUGAAGUAGCAUUUUUUCAAAAGGCUGACAUUCAAGAGAUGAUGAUCAAUAUUUUGUUUUGCUUUUGUAAAACAAAUACAGAGCUAUCUUAUAAACAGGGAAUGCACGAACUGCUGGCUCCGCUGAUAUUUGUGCUGCAUUGUGAUCACCAGGCUUUUCUACAUGCUGCAGAAGUAGAAACGCUAGAACAGAUUAAUGCCCCAGACAGGGAUAUUGUGAAAGAGAUUAUGGAUCCUGCAUAUUUAGAGCAUGAUGCUUAUGCCCUGCUGAGUCAGAUCAUGGGUACAGUGGAACCGUGGUACAAUUCCAAAGACUUGACAUAUAAUAAGAGCCGAGAGAGGCUUAAUUCGGUUCCAUUUGCCCGUCCCCAGGACCUGAAUUCCUCCUCUGCCAUUGUGGCCAAACUGACUCGUAUACAAGACUACAUUCUGAAGAAGUUUGAUGUCGAGCUACACGGACAUCUAGAGAGGCUGGAGAUAGCUCCGCAGAUCUACGGAAUACGUUGGAUUAGACUGCUGUUUGGGCGGGAAUUCCCCAUGCAGGACCUCCUAGCCCUGUGGGAUGCCCUCUUUGCCGAUGGUGUUGGAUUUGAACUGGUGGAUUUUGUCUUUGUUGCCAUGUUGUUGUACAUCAGAGAUCUGUUGUUGUCCAGUGAUUACCCACAAUGCCUCACUUGUUUGAUGCGGUUUCCUCCGGUAGCGGACAUUAACUACUUGGUUGAGAAAGCUCAGUAUCUCAGAGAACCAAACCAUUUUCCUCGCCCACCCAUUUAUACAUACAACACAGUCAACAACAUCAAAUCUCCGGCCGCACAGAAACCACCACCACAAAGCAGCUCAACUCCCACUAACACCAGUACUAACAGGCACCAGAGGAGUGGUAGUUUGACCUCCAGCUUUUCUGAAUUCUCGCGCAAAAUGAGACCAAAAACUUUACAGAUGAAUGGAAACCAGCCAUCAAUUUUCAAAUCUUCUAGUGUGCCCAUGAAUUUGCAGACUGAUAUUUCCCCAGGAACUCCACAAUACCCACAACAGAAGAGAGGAUCGUCAGCUAGUCUAUCUAAAGUGGAGGACACCGUGUUUAAACAAACGCCGUCGCCUAGCAGCAUGGCUCGCUUGGAAACAACUAACGACAGAUUUUCUAACGCCUCCGUGUUCACCCCUGAAGAGAGUCCAGGGAACGUCGCUAAAUUCUCCACAUUACCAAAUAUGAAAGCUAAAGGAAAGAAGUUUGCUAAACAGUUUGCUGAAUAUGAGCACAGGUUUAGUGAACUACAAGGACAGUUGAAUGAAAAGGAAUCUAUGUCGCUUUAUUGUGCCAACAAACUGGACGUGCACAUCAGUCGCUUGCAGACUGAGAUUUUGCAGCAGACUUUGGAGAAUGAAGAUGAAUUAUUAAUAGCGAUAGCAGGAAUAAAACAGGUGAGAGAUGUUUUGAAAGGGACUCUUAGAUUCUCUCAAGUGGAGGAGGAAGAUAUGAAAAUUAAAAACAAUUACUAUGGGUCAGAAAAUUACUCCUCUCCUGAGGCUAAUCAUCAAGACUCGGGGAAGCAGACGACAGAAUCACUCAGCAAGAAAGGAAGAAUUUUCUACAUGAGCAGUGAAGAAAAUUCAGAAAAUGCGGAAUCCCCUACUGAGGGCCCCACUCCGGUAUUGACCUCUAGAAAGGGGUCAUUUAAGAAAGAGGCUCCGCUUCCCCAAGAGGAUGCCAGAGAUUAUGAGUUAAGUGACAGUGUUCCCCAAGGAGGUCGAAAAACAGCAGCAAGUGGCAUUCAAAAUCAGACAGUAGAUGUUACGGAAAAAACUCAUCCCCUGGAGACAAGUCCAAACCCUCUGUAUGAUUUUAAUUGUUCAGUGGAUUCUGUGUAGUCUGCAUCUAUAAAUAGAACCAUUUGUGCUCUACCAUAAGAAUUCUUUACUCUGGUCGCAAUUGAAAUUUACUUCCAUGUUUGUGUUGUAACAGUAUACUGGUUCAGAACACUGGUAUUUUGCGAUUCCAGAUUUAUCCAUUAUGCAUUAGUUCAUCUGUAGAAUGAUAUUUUUGUGUCAUUUAUUUCAUUUGAGAUGUAUAAAAUAAGUCUUUCAUGUUAUUUGAGAGGUUCCCAAAGAUUGUGACUCUUUCCAUUGUAAUUGUAUCUAAUUACUGUGUCAUGUGGAGUUCGGAAUAUGUAAAAAAAAAAUUGCCCCCUUUUAUUUUUGCCCUCAUCGGUGGGCAUAUUGAAGGCUGGGUUAUAACUUUUCUCUCUUAACACAACUGUGUUGGGUGGGAAUUUAAAACAGGAUGAAACUGUUUACAAGGGUAGAAGGGUGAGGGGGAAAAAAAGAGGUGGGUGGGGGGGGGGGGAAGAGGUGAAAAUAACCUUAUAUACAGUAUUACCAGGUAGAUGUUAAGAGACCAACAUGCUGGAUCCAUGCAGUGUUUUGCUAUUUACAUGUACAUAUAAAAUUCUCAGUAUUGUGCCCCUUUUCUUUCCCACCAAUAACACUGGUUUUCCAGUUUUCUAGACAAUCUGUACCUGUGCGAAAUAUUUCAUUUUUUAAUUAAAUUUUUCAGUAAAUAUUUUUCAUGAUGGGUGUAUUACUGUUUAAGAACUUUCAUUUGUGAAUACUUUUAUUUGGAAAAGGCCCACAUGAAACAUGAUGGCAACUUGACCAGUACUGUUGGCGAGUAAGACUUCUGUGUGCACUUUGUGAAUUAUAGUUAUCGGUGCACGGCGGCUGCUUGUGCUCACGAAUCUCGCAGAAACUUUUCACAUCUGCAAGUUAUAGUUGGCUUCUAGUAUUAUGUCAUCAUGGGUUAAAUUCGUCACUGUAUAGUUUUUUUGGCAUUUACUUAUAAAUGCUUUCUUUUUCUUUUAUACUGUCAGAUUAUGUGAACAAGAUUCCACACCGUGUGAUUCAUUUGUCUGUCCACGUACAUUGUGUAAGUAAAUCGGUGUAAGUGAUGCUGCAAUAUAGUACGUUGAGAAAAAAUUAAACAUGGUUACAAGCAUAUUUAAUGAUACAUGUAUACUUCAAUUUCAGUUAAUGACACGUGCAAUAUUUUAAUUGCAAAAAAUUAGUGACUUAUUUACAAUGAUCCAGCUUUGCUCUAUCAAAAUAAACAUAUUUCAGUGAAGAGGAGGGGGUUGCCACACACACACACCCAAACUUUUUUUGGAAAAUCCAAAAUUUACCUAAAUUGUUGUUCAUGCAUAAAAAACUGCUUAUAAGAUAUAUAGGAAUUGUAACAAAAAAAACCAAAAAAAAGGGAAUGGAAUUGUUAUAACGAAAGGAUUGGGCACAAGUUGUUGAAACUAAUACUUUUGACAGCAUUUGUACAUACAUAUGAGAAUAAAUGAUAUAAGGAAACGGUUUUUUAAUCAUUAAAGCUGAAUCGUUGUAAUUUAUUAACUAGAAUUUGUGUUCAAAUUUAUUUUCUCAGGACUGUUGUAAAUGUUUAUAUCAAUUUGGUUCAAACUUAUUCCACAAACACUGUGAUAGAAGCUCUUGUGCGUCUUCCUUUGUCGUAAAUAGAAAUGUGCGUCUCGGGCUAUCAAUGUUAAUAGCAAUGAACUAACACCCUGUAGAUGUUUUUAAUGAUACCUUGGUGUUUUCUAUAAGUGUUGGUAAUUAAAUGGUGGUUUUUGAGCAUUUCCAUGAAUUCCAUGGACUGAUGUAAACGUGGGUUGAUUUGAGAGAAAUUAUGUUGUACAGGAGUUCUACUCAUUUUGUUCUGUUACAUUCCUUUGUGCAAUAUGUUAUUGUUUAAAAAGAUUAAACCAUCAUCAGUUACAUGACA